AUGCACUCUGCUACGAUACCUUUCGGCCCGAAUCUGUUUCCGGAUCUAAUGAAACCAGUUAUACCUGAUGUGGACACAGUGCCCCAGAUCUCAGAUGUAAAAGUACCGGAUACAAAUCAAGACAUCCCGCAAAAUAAAAUCAAGGCUGGCAGCAAAACCGAAGACGGAAUACUAGUCCCAACGCCACAUCUACUCCACGAGUUAUCUUCAGUAGACCGACUCUUCAUCACCAAGCGUCUCCGAGUGAAGACUGUCUUAUUCCUGAGGGGCAAGAAGAACAGGUUUUAUAUAAGAACACCCGAAAAAGAACUCGUUUACACCGUCGAGGAAGAGAAUAGUUGGUGGGUCGGGUACUUCCUCUACGGUCUCCGACCACUGCAGCUCAGGGUCACUGAUGGAGAAGGUGCAGAGGUUAUGAGGAUAACCAGACCUUACGCCUGCACUGCCAGGGUUUUACCAUGCCAACUCCAACGUAUCGAAGUGUUCGCGCCGCCCGGAUGUUCUAUAGGAACUAUAGAGCAACAGUGGACUGCAAUCAGACCUUUGUACCUCGUUAAAGAUAGUGACGGAUUUCAUUUGUUUUGGAUACGAGGUCCAUACAUGACCCUGAGUUUAUUCAAAGACGUGCAGUUCGACAUCACCAGACCUGAUGGGACUACCAUUGGUGGCACCUGCAAGCGCUGGCAGGGUUUAACACAUGCAUUAUUCUUAGCACCAGUUACGGACAGGUUCGGAGUGGCCUUUGAUAAAGAUCUCACUGUAGAGCAGAAAGCGUUACUUUUGGCUGCAACUUUGCUUAUGGACUACAUGUAUUACGAUGUUUGAUGUUAAUAUA